CGACACGGCAUGUCCUCUGAGCGGUCGGGUCCCCAGAGCCCGCCUGUGACCAUGGAGGCCAGAGUGUUCUGGCUGCUGGCAUUGGUCCUGGCCUUGGGGUCCUCCAGCUUGGCUGACGAGUAUGUGGGCCUGUCGGAGAACCUGUGUGCCGUGCCGGCCAAGAACAGGGUGGACUGUGGCUACCCCGAGAUCAGCCCCGAGCAGUGUGUCAACAGGGGCUGCUGCUUUGACUCCAGCAUCCCCGAGGUGCCUUGGUGCUUCAAGCCUCUGCAGGACACAGAAUGCACAUUUUGAAGCAAUGCCCACCGGCCCUGGACACCCUGGAAUGCGACCUUCCAUGCUCCGGGGGACCCUGCUUGCGUCCUCUGUGGGGCCGGCCGCGGCCACUCCUCCCUGCUUUUCUCCCACCCUGCUCCUGGCACGCCCUUCCACUGAGAGCUGAUGCCUGGGGCCUGAUGGCUUAACGAAUAAAGAUCCUGUGCUCAGCAUGAGGGCUGCUCCUCAUUCCCGAGA